AUGGCGCGGCUGAAUGAUUUCGCUGCUCCAUCGGAGUCUAUUGAGGCCUGUAUUAAAGAGACGUUUCGUCAGGCAGAACCGAGAGAUAGCGCGUGUAAACUCGAUGCAAUCGCUGCGAAUCCGCAGCUUGGAGUCGGAGGUGUCGCACCUCCUGGAGAAAACGUAUCAUUAAGGGAACAGGUCAUCAACCUUACUUCAGAGAUCGAACGAUUGGAGGCAGCCAAGGUGCUUCACGAUGGUGUCUACGAAAUCAAAUCCCGGCUGGACGCGAAGCUAGCAGAACUGGGUAGCCUUGCAUCUGAUUUGGGCAAGCUACCUCGCAAAUUCGCUAAAUCCAGCAAACCCGACACAAAUGCCGAUCAUCCAAAGGUUUCUACUCUAGAACCCCGCCGACCCGUCGACUUCGACUCUACAAUGGAUGAUGGAAGGCUGCCUUCCAUUUUGGAAGACAAGCACUUCCCACGCAGAACUCUAGAAUCUCAGGAAAUUCAGCAACUUGUCCAGGAAAGCUUGAGUCCAUUGCGAUGCCCGGCCGAGCCUAGUCUAUUACGCGAUACCGAAAUUUCUAAGCCGGAGGAGAAGGACGAAAAUUCCGCCAUAGAGACCCCAUGUUCGUCUCUGCAGGAGUCCGUCCUCGAAAAUUUCCAAUAUGAGGCCGUCGAAUCUGAUCCAUUUUUACCCCCAACCCUGGAGACUCGCAAAAAGAAGAAAAGAACAGAGUCAGCAACUUCCGUCGAAGAGAAAGUCCUACAGUCUGAUCCGACCCCGCAAGGAAUAUCUACACAGAUCGCGAAAUCAGGAUCAAAACGAAAGUUUAGCCCUGAUGAAGAUGGAAUUCCCUCAGAUACGGCUCCCGAAGACGACGAAUUCGAGUUUACGCGAUCUAGUCAAAGCCCACGAAGGAAGACUGAUGUCCUAGAGCCGAUUCGUCAAGACGGCUCCCCAUCGAAGACUCCCCGAGUGAUGAAACGAGUACCUCCUGGCGGGAUCGGGAAGCGGAAAGUUCUUGAGCCUAAAAGUACCAAUGUCAAUCUUGCAUCUCCCAAGAAAUCACGCUCUCUGCAGUCAGAGAACAAGAUCUCUCAACUCAUGGGAGACGGUGAGAACGCAGUCUCGCCACAAGAAGCGAAGCAGCUUGAUGGGCCUCAAACUCAGAACUUACAAGAGCCCCCGCCCAUCACUAAAACAAAGGGGAAACGUUCCGUUGCAUCUGCAACAACAUCAUUGCCGAAUUAUGCCCAACCGAAACCAGGGCAGAAGAGAGACUCCCCGGCGGCAAAGACCGUCAGCAUGGACACAAUCUCUGAUUUAGCAUCUGCAUCCCGCACCUCGCGGCGUCGCGGGGCGGUCAUUAGCUAUGCAGAGCCUAAUCUUCGAGAUAAGAUGCGUCGACCGACCAAAGACAUGAUCGAUGCUGUGAGUAAGGACGGCCGCAGAUCAUCGAGUUUCCAAGCUUCACGAGAGAGCUUUGAUGGCAGUAGCGGCACUCCUCGUGGGCCAAUCAGUCCUCAUCUACGCUUUGGUACCAACAUGCCUGCAGACUUUGCUCUUGCAGACCAAAUUUCCGAUGUUCUUUCCAGCGAAGCAGUGUUGGCCAAGGUUUCUCAACGGAAGCCGCCUCGGCGGCAUUCCUCUCACCCAAGGGUACCACUUAUGACCCAUCGCCAGUGGGUGAGGAGACUUUGA